GGUGAUGAUGCUCAUGAAGCCAAACUCAUUGCGGCAUUUCCAGAUACAUUGGCUUAUUCUGCAUAUUGAGAAGUGAGGGCUUUCCCUGAAAAACAAUUGAGUUGUAUUGCCAACCAGAAUGGGUCACAAACGGACUGUGAGCUUGGAAACCCUUUUAAAAGAAACUCCAAUGUUACCUUUUAUUUGAUCUUAAGUACAACUGAGCUCACCUUUGACACCACAGACCUGGAUAUUAAUCUGAAGUUGGAAACGACAAGCAAUCAAGAUAAUUUGGCUUCAAUUACAGCGAAAGCCAAAGUGGUUAUCGAACUGCUUUUAUCCGUCUCUGGAGUUGCUAAACCUUCCCAGGUAUAUUUUGGACCAAAAUCUCUGGGAGGCAGUUCUCAGUGAGCAAGCUAUGAAAUCGGAAGGUGAAGUGGGAAGUUUAAUAGAGUAUGAGUUUAAUGUAAUUAACUUAAGCAAACCUCUUAGAAACCUCAGCACAGCAACCUUGAAUAUCCAGUGGCCAAAAGAAAUUAGCAAUGGCAAAUGGUUGCUUUAUUUGGUAAAAGUAGAAUCCAAAGGACUGGAAGAGAUAGCUUGUGAGCCACGGAAUGAAAUAAACUUUCUAAACCUAAAGGAGUCUCACAACUCAAGAAGGAAACAAGAAAUUGCCGAAAAACAGAUAGAUGACAGCAGAAAGUUUUCUUUGUUUGCUGAAAGAAAGUACCAGACCCUUAACUGCAGUGUAAACGUGAACUGUGUGAACAUCAAAUGUCCGCUGAGGGGACUGGACAGCAAGGCCUCUGUGGCUCUGCACUCUGGGUUAUGGAACAGCACAUUUCUAGAGGAAUAUUCCAAAAUGAACUACCUGGACAUUCUUGUCCGGGCUUCCAUUGAUGUGAUUGCUGCCACUGACAACAUCAAGCUGCCAAACGCAGGCACAAAGGUUCGUGUGACUGUGUUUCCUUCAAAAACUGCAGCUCAAUAUUCAGGAGUUCCCUGGUGGAUCAUCUUAGUGGCUGUUAUUGCUGGAAUAUUGAUGCUUACUUUAUUAGUGUUUUUACUAUGGAAGUGUGGAUUCUUUAAACGCUCUAGGUGUGAUGACAGCGUACCCCGAUACCAUGCUGUCAGAAUCCAGAAAGAAGAGUGACAGAUCAAAGAUGAAAAAUACGAUAGCCUUGAAAAAAAAAACUAAUCUAAUCUAAUCACAACCCCAUUCUCUCCUGCAUCCUUCUCCUCUGGCGGCAGCAUCAGGAACCACUGAAAUAGGUACAUAGGGGGUGAGAGAAGGCACGAACCAGCGAGGGCCAACCAAAAUCUCUGGGAGGCAGGGGGGGUGAGACCAAACCAAUGUAACAGAAUGACCAUGUAAAUAGACCACAACAUCAAGCAAUCUAACAGAAGGGGUCCCAGAUGCAGAACUAGAAGCAUACUAACAACAGCCCUGU